AUGGACAAAAAGAUUGGUGAUUUAAUUAAAGCAAAUAAUUCGAAUUUAGUGGAGUUUAUUCAACUUAAAAAUAAAUGGAGUGAAAUUUAUGGUAUAUGUUGUUCCAAUUUAUGUAUAAAUUCAUUAAAACCUAUUGGUAAUUGUAUUGAGGGAAAUGGAUUUGGUUGUAAUAAAUAUGUUGUUGUUUAUGCAGAAAAUGCAUUCUACAACCCACAAAACUGUCUUAAUUAUUCUUUACAUUAUUUUGAAAUUAAAUGUAAAAUCGAGGGAGAGUUAAAUAAAGGAAAUAAAUUGGUGGCUAUUGGUUUUAAAAAUUAUAGCACAAAUAAAUAUACUAUAUAUUAUGCUCCACAUUUUGCUAAAAUUUUCUAUAAAGAUAAAGAAUUUAAUCUUUCAACAUCUUUCAAUAAUAACGAUAUUUUUGGUUGUGGAUUAGUUUAUCCUCCAGCUAAUAAAUUAAAUAGAUUUCCUUAUAUUUUCUUUACACGAAAUGGAGAACAAAUUGGCAAAGCAAUAUUAUUAGACAAUUUUGAUUCAUAUCAACCAAAUGUUGAUUCGAAGUGUUAUUCAAUCGAAACAAACUUUGGAAAUGAUUUGAAGACUAAACCAUUUAAAUACGACAUCUUUGAACAUUCAGUUCUUAAAGAAUUUUAUUGA